ACAGGGCCAAAGGAAUUCAACGUCCAAGUCAAUUUUUCCUUCCCCGCAUAAAGCCUAUUGUUUUGGCGGCUAGCCCAGAAAAUAAUUAAACAUUGCCUCCUCCGAGCCAUGAAAGGCCAAUUUUAUCUCUCCCUUUGUCUUUUUAUCUUCAAGUACUUGCCACUGUCUCUACUUUUUGAACAUCUACUCCUCUUGAUUGCUUUCGAAGUCCCCAUCUGCAAGCCUUGAAUACAAUGUUGAACACCAAGACUCCUGCUACAACUGCUACCAUGUUAAUCUCUAAUGCAACCCGGGAUGCCAAGGAUAUCCCCAAGAUUUGUGCAACACACGGAUCUGGGUCAACAUCAUUAUAUCGCCAAUCCCUGGAGCUGUCAUGGGUCAGGAGAGAUGGAUCAGUACAAGGCCUUUUUUGUAGAACUCCAAGAUUAAUUACAAGUGUGGAGAAGUGUAGAAGAUUGGAAGUGAGGGCUUUUACAGAAGAACAGGAAGCUCUGGUGGUCAAAUCAUGGAGUUCAAUGAAGAAGAAUGCUGGAGAAUUGAGUUUGAAAUUCUUUUUAAGGAUCUUUGAGAUUGCACCAUCAGCAAAGAAGCUAUUCUCAUUCUUGAGAGAUUCAGAUGUUCCACUGGAGCAGAACCCGAAGCUCAAACCUCAUGCUUUGUCUGUCUUUGUUAUGACCUGUGAAUCAGCAAUACAACUUCGGAAGGCUGGCAGAGUCACUGUGAGAGAAUCAAAUUUAAUUGAUUUGGGUGCUACACACUUCAAAUAUGGUGUUGUGGAUGAACAUUUUGAGGUCACUAAGUAUGCAUUGCUGGAAACUAUAAAGGAAGCAGUUCCAGAUAUGUGGUCACCUGAGAUGAAGAGUGCUUGGGCAGAAGCUUAUGAUCAACUGGUUGCUGCUAUCAAGAAAGAAAUGAAGCCUCCUCAAACUUCUUAAAAGAAAAAGAGGUCUCCUUCAAUAGAACGGCUCAAGAAAAGUCUAGAGAACAUUCCAUUUGCUCUUACCUACAAACUCCAUUGAUGUAUGGUUGAAUUCAUUGCUUCAUAGUUUCAUCCAAAUUUGUGAAAUAAAUUAUCCUCAAUCAUGCAAUGGAACAGUAUUGGCAGUUUGGUUAUGCUAUCUUAGUACCUUUCUUAUUGACUAGCCAUGUUGUCAAUAGUAAUGGACAGAAGAAAAUGUUGAUCUCAGGAUCUUGUACUAAGAGAUCUUGAUCCUAUAAGGAGAAAUGAGACAAAAAGAUUCCUUA